AUGUCUCUGUUCAAAAGUUUACAAAAAAGUCCAAGAACAAUCUCACUGUUUUGUGACAAUUUCGAGCUAAAUAAAUCAUGCUCCACAAUCCUCCAGUUUUUGAAAGGAGAAACAUCUAAUAACUUCAACCUAGAGUUAGUUUCCACGUUCCCUACAUUGGAUCAAUUGAAAUAUACGUAUAAGAUCAAUCCGAUCAUCAUGAAUACACAAAUCCCAAAUCUACAUCGAAUAAUGAAAUUAGAAUCUUUUGAUCCAGUAUUUGGUUCUAAUCUACAAAAAUGUGCCAGAGAAGGAAGAUGGAACCCGAAGGUUUCCCUUUGGGUAGAUUGGGAAAGAAAAUGUAUAGGUAAUGACCUGAAAAGCAUCCAAGAAUUGUUAAAGUUGAAAGGUUGA